GUGGAAAGUGCCGGGCCCCGGCGGCCGCGGGUUUAUAGCGGAGGGGUUGGAGGCGCGACCGCAGCGCCCGGAGCAGGAGUGGCAGCAUGGCAGCGACGGAGGGCGGGCGGCAGGUCGCGAACUUCGGCGCCGGGCCGGCGAAGCUGCCGCGCUCCGUAUUAUUAGAAGCACAGAAAGAAUUGGUGGACUACAAAGGACUUGGUAUAAGUGUUCUUGAAAUGAGCCAUCGGUCUUCAGAUUUCACAAAAAUUCUAAAUAAAACUGAAAAUCUCAUGCGUGAAUUGCUAAAUAUACCAAACAACUACAAAGUUCUUUUCCUUCAAGGAGGUGGAUCUGCUCAGUUCAGUGCAGUCCCGCUUAACCUUAUUGGUUUAAAGGAGGGAAGACAGGCAGAUUAUGUGAUUACUGGAGGUUGGUCGGCAAAAGCGGCUAAGGAAGCGGAGAAGUAUGCCAAAGUAAAUAUCGUUCAUCCCAAAUUAGGAGCCUAUACAAGCAUUCCUGACCCAAGCACUUGGAAUCUUAAUCCGGAUUCAUCUUAUGUGUAUUAUUGUGCUAAUGAAACUGUUCAUGGUGUGGAGUUUGACUUUGUACCUGAUGUCAAAGGAGCAGUCUUGGUUUGUGAUAUGUCAUCAAACUUCCUGUCCAAACCUGUGGAUGUUUCCAAGUUUGGUGUGAUUUUCGCUGGUGCUCAGAAGAAUGUUGGCUGUGCUGGAGUUACUGUCGUAAUAGUACGUGAGGACUUGCUGGGAUUUGCACUGAAGGAAUGCCCUGUUGUACUGGAUUACAAAACACAGGCAGCAAACAGCUCAUUGUAUAACACUCCACCAUGCUACAGUAUUUAUAUCAUGGGAUUGGUACUGGAAUGGAUAAAGAAUAAUGGUGGAGCUGCAGCUAUGGAUAAACACAGUUUAAUCAAGUCACGGAUGAUUUAUGAUAUUAUAGACAAAUCUAAUGGAUUUUAUGCAUGUCCUGUGGAGAGAAAGAACCGAAGCAGAAUGAAUGUACCUUUCCGCAUUGGCAGUGUCAAGGGCGAUGAAGCCCUGGAAAAGAAAUUUCUUGAGAAGGCUGUGGAACUUAACAUGAUAUCUCUGAAAGGACAUCGGUCUGUGGGAGGAAUCCGUGCCUCUUUAUACAAUGCGGUGACUGUAGAAGAUGUUCAGAAGCUUGCAACUUUCAUGAGAAGCUUCAUGCAGAUGCAUCAGUCAUAAAUGGGUUACAGCUGUGCUGCACAUCCAUGAAAUAAAAGCUUAAGGGUUUUAACAUGACUGGUACUGCACAGCUGUAGUGCACAAGUUUUAUUUCCUUUUAGUUCCUGUAGCAAUAUUGAUUAACUGAAUGGAACAGAGGCCCGGUCUUGCUAGUGGUGUGGCAACUUUGGCUUUGCUGAAGGUGAGGAUCCCCAGACUGAUCAUGAUUGAUUACAAAAUUUGAAAAUAUGUGGUUAAAACAUGACAUCUAACAUUGCAAGAUGCUAUGGAUCUGAGUCCAUUUCUCACUUCUAGUUACUUCAGCAAUGCCUUCUUUUUAGUAAAAUUCAGGAAGCAAAAUUUGUCAUAAGCUCUCUGUAAUGCUUUACAAAUACUCUCUGACUGCAUAAUGAAGGUAAACUGACACAGUCUCUAGGGACAUCUAGUCGAUUUGUGGGGUAUAUUCCAACAGUGUAUCACCAGCAGUGUUUAGGAGUUAACACCAGGAUUCCUAACUGGAGAAUCUGGCCUUUGGACUACUGCUGCAAUGCUAGAAGUAUUGUCAUAACUAUUGCAAGUAAUUGUGGUUAAAGUCUGCAGGACUGGGCUUUCUUCCUAUUAACAUUUAUUAGUUUAAAGCUAAAAUUCAUGAGUCUGAUUAAAUCAAAUUCUAAAGUGUUUUUUAUUUCUCUAUGCAUUUUGUAUAUUGAACUCCUAGGUUAUUACUGUUACAUUCUUCUUUCGGAGCAUGCAUACUUGCUGCUCAAAACAUUUGCUUUUCAUUUGUUAACCUAGUGCCAGACUGGAUUGCUGUAUUCCACUCAAUGAGCCUGUGACUUUCUCUGCACUGACUUUGAGCCCAAAGUGCAGCAGACUUCUUUGUCUGGUGUUUCUUAAGUCUUUUCCCUCUCUACUUGCUUCAGUUCUACCUUUUCAUUCUUUCAGUUGUGUAGCCUUUUAUAUGUGGAACUUUGUCCAGCUGGAGUAAAUAAUAGUCUUCUCUGCCUUUUCCUGACUCUGCAGUAUAAAUUUGGUCCCAUUUUCUCUCUUGGUCCUUCUAGUUUAUUGCACACUUUGAUACUCUGGGCUAGAGAGGUCGCUGUGGUUACGCAAAGAUUUUUCAGGGGAUCUCCUGUUGUAGAGCCCUUGAGUUACUUUUCUUUCUCAGCUUGUGACUUUACUGCCAAUGUCCAUAUAUUGACCUUAAUCUCUUAUUUUAACUUGUGUAGAAGCUAUCUGCUCCUGCCAGAGUGUUUAGCAUUGCUACAGCUGGUUUCAGGCUAAACUCUUUGGCACACAAUGGGGAUUUCUUUUUUUUUUUAAUUUUUGUGUAACGUCAGUACAGUGGUAACAAUUUAUUAAUGAUAAUGAUGUACUUAUCCCUUUGUUGAUGGAACCUCAGAGCAAGUCAGUGGAAUGUGCUAGGGUUGAGUUACAUUCCUAUCUGAAAAGUCAUCAUUUUAAGACCACUAUAUGGAGAUUUCUGUCAACUUAGUGUUACUCAAAGUAAAUUAUGUGAAAAAAAUAAAAUCUAAUCAUGUCAUGAUGUGAA